GGGAUACGAGGGACGUAGCGCUCGGUAUUGGACUCGCACUGACACCACACACACAAAUAAAGCGGAGUCCUCACCUUCCUUAGAAACGGGGCUCCACUACGAUUGGUCACUUCCGUGUCACGUGACCGUGCACGCAACGAGUGGUAGUCAAAAGUGACUGACGGGGGAGUUUAGGCCUGGGCCAAUGGAAUCUGAGAUCGCUUCUGCCCAAUCAGUGCUUAAUGAUCCACCCUAUAACCACGCCCCCUCUCUGCUUUGUCCAAUCCCCACGGAGGACAGCGCGAUAUUUUCCUUAUGAGUGACAGCCGGCCACGCCCCUUCUCGUAAUCGAAGAACUCUGAUGGGUAGAGGCAGCGUGAUAACCCCGCCCCGUGUGUGGUUUCUCUGUCCAAUCACAGAGCUGGCAGUUGAUGUCGGGAUUAGCGGCACUUUUGAACGGGGGGAUGUCGGAGGGGAGUAACGCAUGUCAGCGUCCACAGUCCGGUCUCCUGCCCUCCAGCCCGCAACCGGAGCGCCGCCGGUCAUCCCGAGGAGUCAUGGGAACGGCCUGCAACGGCAAAGGGAACCGACAGGUGGAUCUGGAGAAGGUGCUGGGGAUUACGGUGUCCAGUAGCAGCAGUCUGACGUGUGACCCCAGCACGGGGCUGGUCGCGUACCCUGCAGGAUGCGUCAUCGUUCUCUUGUGUCCCAGAAAGAACAAACAGUCUCACAUAUUCAAUACAUCCAGGAAGCAGCUGAGUGCUCUGUCCUUCUCGCCCGAUGGGAAGUUUAUUGUUAGUGGGGAGAGCGGUCACAAACCAGCGGUCCGAGUCUGGGACGUGGCGGAGAAGGUCCAGGUGUCAGAGAUGCUCGGUCACAAAUAUGGCGUCUCUUGCGUCUGCUUCUCCCCCAACAUGAAGUAUGUCGUCUCUGUGGGCUAUCAGCACGACAUGGUGGUCAAUGUGUGGGACUGGAAGAACAAUAACAUAGUGGCAAAGAACAAAGUCUCCAGCAAGGUCAGCGCCGUGUCCUUCUCCGAAGACAGCAGCUACUUUGUGACCGCCGGCCAUCGCCACGUCAAGUUCUGGUAUCUAGAGAGUUCUAAAAAGUCUCAGGUAAAGGGGACUGUUCCUCUAGUGGGCCGAUCUGGACUUCUGGGCGACCUCCAUAACAAUAUAUUUGGCGGAGUAGCAUGCGGCAAGGGGAAGAACGCGGGAAGCACGUAUUGUGUGUCUUAUUCCGGAAUCCUAUGUCAGUUCAGUGAGAAGAGAGUCCUGGAUAAAUGGCUGAAACUGAAGGUAUCUUCAUCUACCUGUCUGUGUGUCACAGAGGAGUUCGUGUUCUGUGGCUGUGAGGAAGGAGUCGUGAGGAUAUUCAGCGCCCACAACCUCCAAUACGUGACCGAUCUACCCAAACCUCACAGCCUGGGCGUGGAUGUGGCUCUGGGCCUGGAUGCCAGCACACUGUUUACAAAACAAGGCAAUAGCAGCUAUCCGGACACGUGCGCCCUGGUGUAUGAUGGAGGCAACCAAUGGCUGUGCUGUGUGUACAAUGACCACAGCGUCUAUGUCUGGGAUGUCAGUAACACUCGCAAGGUGGGGAAGGUCUAUUCAGCCCUGUACCACAGCUCCUACGUCUGGAACAUAGAGAUCUAUCCAGAGAGCGGACAGAUACGAGGAUUAACCCGUGGUUCGUUCUUCACCUGUUCUUCUGACAACACCAUCCGUCUUUGGAGCCUGGAGAGGAGCCCGGACCUCGGGAUGAAGAGGAAUAUCUACAGUAAUGAUUUAUAUAAAGUGAUCUAUGUCAAUGACAAUGUGGUAUACUUGAAGGACACCUCAGGCACCACAGAAAAGCCUGAGCCCAAAGACUCAAAAAGUGGUAUUCGUGUGCUAAAAAUUCGCCAUGAUGGGUGUCAGCUCGCCUCCGGAGACCGGACAGGAAACAUACAAAUUCAUGAUUUGCGAACUUUUGAGGAGCUGAUAACAAUUGAAGCACAUGAUGGCGAGGUUCUAUGUCUUGAAUACUCCAAGCCCUGGAGCGGAGUGACUCUUCUAGCCUCGGCCAGCAGAGAUCGGUUGAUUCACAUCCUGAACGUGAACCAGGACUACACCUUACUGCAGACCCUGGAUGAUCACUCGUCCUCUAUAACAGCAGUGAAGUUUGCGGGUGAUGAAGAGCAGAUGCACAUGAUAAGCUGCGGAGCAGAUAAGAGCAUUUAUUUCCGUCCUGCCCAGAUGCACCCUGACGGGAUCAGUUUUGUGCGUCUGCAUCAUGUGGUGGAGAAGACCACCCUGUAUGAUCUGGACAUUGAUGUCACCCAGAAGACUGCGGCAGUCGCCUGUCAGGAUAAAAAUGUCAGGCUGUACAAUAUUUCAUCAGGGAAGCAGGAGAAGGCUCUGAAAGGCUCCGCUACUGGAGGGGCACUGCUGAAGGUACAAAUGGAUCCGUCGGGAAGGUUCUUUGCUACAAGUUGCUCCAAUAAGAACAUUUCCAUCUUCGAUUUACAAACUGGAGAAUGUGUCGCCGUGAUGUAUGGACAUUCGGAUAUUGUGACUGACAUGAAGUUCACCUAUGACUGUAGAAGACUGAUCACAGUAUCUGGAGACAGCUGUAUUUUUGUCUGGCAGCUGGACCCUGUGAUGACCACAUGUAUGAGGCACCAGUUGGCUGAGAUGGCUGGAGAGGGGAAAACAAACAUGGUGGAUGUAAGAUCUCACAUUAAUAACAGGAGAGAGACCUUCAUGGUUUGCCCCCUGGACGAGAGCUCGCAAGACGACUUGUUCUUUGACAGAAGCAGUGAUGUGGAUGAGCCGUCCCCAGAUACCCCAAUACAAGACAGCUUUGAAGCAGAUCCUACCUUUCUGCAGACAAAUGGAAGACUACCGCUGUGGGCAAGGAAGCUGGAUAAAGACCGGGAUGAACCCCUGGUUGUCCUUUCCCAAAACGAAUACCAGCCUCAAGGGCGAUGGGCCCAAAGUGACAGCACCGUUCUCAUCCGAAACUUCUUGAACAGCAAUGACCUGAGCUACUGCUGUACCCCAGACAAUGAGACGGGGCAGCAGAACUCCUUCAUGGACGAGACCACAGACCUGGAACGCAUCGAACCGAAGAGUCUACAGGAAUUGCUGGAGUCAGAGGCUGGAAAUGACUUCCUGAACAACAUGACGUUCAUCACUGAGGCUUCUUCAGCUUUAGAAGACCCAGAUCUUCAGUCACAGUCUUUAGAAUCCACUGGUAUAUUCUACCCUUCAUCUCUGCAGUUGUCCCAGCAGGAGGAAAGUGAUUUUUCUAUUGAAGAACGGACUUUUGACAAGGGCAAUAGCAGUAAUGGACUGCUGUCCGGCUGUGACCAAGAUGAAGAUUCCUUGACAUCGGACGAUAAUGAUACAGAGGAGCAGGUCCGACCAGAGACGCCAGAACAGGAGACAUUUCUGAGGGAGAACUUUGACACAUUAGCGGAUGCUCUCGCAGAAGAGAAGUUCGACAACACAUUGGAAGACCUUCUGCCCGAUGAGGAUGAUGAAAUGCUGAACCAUCGCCUGAGCUUCUCUUCUAGAUUCUUAUCUCGGAGCCUAAGGAUGAAUCGGACUGGAUAUGGCUUUCUAUAUGGCAGCCAGCAGAUGGCGGCAGCGGUCAUUACAGAACCUAAAGUGGAGUCUGACAAAGCUCAGAGGAGACUUUCUGAUAGACCAACAGAAAAGGCAUCGGAAAGAAUGGAAACGAAAAAGUCUGAAAGGAAUACUGAAAUCUCAAAAUCAACAUCCAGUUUGCAAAAACUUCAACUAAAUGAGAAGAUGUCGUCCUCACGGUUCUCAUUCCCUGGUUGUUGGCCAAAGAAGAACAAAUCCAACAGAGGGAGAUCUUACAUGGAAGCAACUGCUAGUUUCAAGGCAAAAAUAUUCCGUAGUGUAUCGAUGGGUGAAAACAUUGAUGGCGCCCAAGCAGAAGAGCAUAGUAGACUGUCCCGGCCUGUGUCCAGCAUAGACCUUCUUUCCCUUGAAGAGACUAAGUUGCCCAAUGGAGAGGACCAGCCUCUUCUGACUACCGCUUCCUACGAGCAGCUCCCCUCCUCACACCAAGAGAGAGCCAAAUCUUCCUUCACCUCCUCCAAUGCGUUAUCUGACAAACUUCUCAUGCCACCACCGUCCACCUGUGGAAUUAUUCCACGUCUAAGGAAGAAAGCGAAAUCGGUCAAUAACCUCUCAAAGACGUCUAAAAAGGAAGAGGUGAAGGAGGUGAAGCUCAAAGAUGACGUUUCAAAUGGCGGACCUGGCCUCAAAACACAAAGGAGAAGCUCAUCAUCAGCCAAUAGGCCACCAGUUGUCCAGGACUUCCAGAGAAGAGCAUCUAUAGCGGAUAUUCCGAAUCACGCAAGUAUCUCUUCUAGCAACCAGAUCAUGGAAGAAACUCAAGUUUCAUGCAGCAAGUCAUCGUCUUCUCAAGCGACUUCAUGCGGCAGUCCUGGAGAACCAAAUUUGGACAAAAUGACAAAACAGUGUGAGCGGGUAGUAGAAGAGCUUCACAGCGCCUUCCAAAAGACACUACAAACAUACAAAGAGAUUACAAGCUCUGACAGUUCCCAUGAAGAGAAGUCUCAUCUCAGAUCUUUAUUCUUCGACGCCUUUGAUCAUAUUCAGCGUGAAAUAGAAUUGGUGGGAAUAGGACGGAGAAACUCUUCUGCUCAAGAGCCAAUGGCCGAUGAGAGGAGCUCCACCCCGACCUUGCGAUUACUGGAGCAUUACUCAGACAUGAUGCUGCAGCUCAUGAGGGAGAAGAUCAAUGGUCAGUGAAUGAGGACACGGCUAUCCACAUUGGGGCCUCUUCAUUCAUUAUAAAGAUUUUCUGAAAGACAAAAGCCAAUUGUUCACAUUUGUUGUAUUUGUAGACGUUGCUCUUGCUUUUUCCCGGUAGACCUUUUUGCUGUGUUGAACUGUAUAUAUUUACAUUGCACUUUGUCUUGGUUAUGAAUGUCUUGUUUCUCAACCUAAAAUCAUCUUCUAUGUUUACAUUUAUAUGGGCUUGUGAACUGGGACACCACCUACUUACAGAGCAUUCAUGGCCAUCCAGUGAACUCUUCCGAUAGGUCUUAGUAAAGACAUUUCCAUGAUGCUGGAGAUUAUUUCUUCAGGGAUCCCCUCUUUGCUUUUGCAUGACCAUCGGUUUCAGAUAAAGCUCUAUAAUCCAAUUUGGAACAUGUUUUUGUUUGUUUUUGUCUUUUCAUUUUACUUUGGUUUAUUUGGGCGUUUAUUGCUGUCAACCAAAUUUGCCAAUUAUUGGCAAAAAUGUUCCGCUACUCGUCUUUCGCUUACUUUUUUUUUUAGGUACUUGUUGAUCAGAUUGUACAGGGUUUUUUUUUUGUUGUUUAUUUUUAAUAAUUAUUAAAUAACAAUUUUUUGACUAUUUUGUGGCCAUUGAUCCUCCUGCUCUUUACACAAGACCUGGUGUCCUAUAAGGACAUUUUAAUACUGCUGCUCCCUCUACAGUAUUUUCCAGUGUUUAUGUAUGUAAAAUAUUAAAAAGAUUUUAUGUGGGCUUAAAAUGUCCUUGUAAAAAUGUUCUGUAAAUUAUUUAUAGCUGUCACCCCAGAGAAGACUGAAACCUUAUUACUGUAUUUUCUUCCCUUGUUGUAUCUGUGUUGUUCUCGUGAUAAUAAACCACGGUUCAAAAAGCUGAA